CCGGCGUGCACCGCGACGUAUCCGCGUCACAAAAUGGCGGCCACCGGUCUCGGGCGACUUCUCCUCCGCGGAGGCCUCGGCGGGUCCCGUCGCUUCUCGGCCGCCGCGGCGGCCCCGGAGCACCAGAGCGCUCGUUUGUGGAAGAUACUUUCCUUUGUAGUCGCUCUUCCCGGUGUCGGUGUCUGCAUGUUGAACACCUACCUGAAAUCGCAGGAACACUCUCACGAAAGAUCAGAGUUUAUUGCAUAUACCCACCUCCGGAUUAGGAGCAAACCAUUCCCUUGGGGAGAUGGGAACCACACACUCUUCCACAAUUCUCACACCAACCCUCUGCCGACUGGAUGGGAAGGGGAUGAUGAACACUGAUUGAUGUGUCGGAGCAGAAAAGACUGGGUGCUGCCGGUUUGUGGACCACUCCAUGGAGCUUUCCUUCUAUUGUAUGUGCAGCUGAAUUGUUUAAAAUACAAUGAACUAAAUUAAGUGUUGACCAUCUUCCAAUUGUGUUAACACCAUAAUAAAAAUGAACACAAAA